AUGUUAUGGUCAAAUCUUAUCAGACUAUUAUUGCAUUAUCAACAAAAUGUUGUAAGUCAAAAAUUAAGCACAACAAAUUUAACAACUUCACCUGGCUUAAAUAUAAAUGAUGAAGCGGAGACAUGCUGUGGUCAUUGUGCAUUACAAUUUAUGAAUGAUUUAAUGAAAAGAAUUGGAAAGAUUGAAACGUCAAAUUUAAUUAAUUUUAAUUUUAAUAAUUUCUUAUUUGCAAUGUCAAAUGCUACCAUUCUUCAACAUUUUUGCAAAGAAUUUCAUCAAUUUGAGCAUUGCUGUUCAAAAUGUAUUCCCAGUUAUUCACGAGAAAUUUUGAUGGGAUAUUCCGAAAUUAUCAAUCAAAUAUGCAUUUAUAAUUUUAAAGAUAUCAAAGAAAAUUUUGGAUGCUUAGCUGGAUUGAAUUCACAGAUCAGACAACUUUGCAUGCGCACUUGUACACCAUAUCAGGAAGCAUUUCAUUCUAUAGCUCGAAAUUUUCGACAUUUCAUUCUCAAUAGUGACAUAACCAUUCUCGAAAAUUACCUAAAUGAAUCAUGCGAAUAUGUCCUUUGCUCAUUGCACUGCGAUGUGCCAUUAAUUGCGCAUAAUUGUGGUUAUCAAAUAGUUGAAAAAAUAAUUGCAUUAACGAGGAAAUCAUUUAAAUCCAUGAGGAAAUUAUCACUUGAUACAGCAGUUGUUAAUAGGUGGCCUCAAGCGUGUGCUGAAAUAAUUACUUAUAAAAUACCAAAACAAAAUUUAACAACCAUGCAGCCACAACCUCAGCAAAUAAUGCAAAUUGAAAGAAAUGGUCAACAGAGUCAAACAGUGAUUAAAUUGUUAUCAUCAUUCUUAUCACUAAUUAUCUAUUUCAUAUUAGAAUAA